GCCGACCUUUGGGCAGCCGGGGAGGCGCACGAGGCACACCCCCCUCUCUCUCUGUCUGUCUCUGUCUCUCUCUCCCUGGUGAGAGAGCUCCCUCAGGAGAAAGAGGAGGAGGAGGAGGAGGAGGCGCGCCUGGACGCCGCUGGAGGGGGCUCUUCACCACCGCCGCCGCCGCUUCCCUCUCCGCCUCCCCUUGAGGCGGGGGCCGGGCUGGUCGGAGGAGGAUUCAGGCUCCAGAUCGGAGUGGCGAGUCGCAGAGCCCACUUCUUGGGACGGAACCCGCCCCGCUCCCUUUCCCCUCUCCUCCUCCUCCUCCUCCGCCUCCUCCUCGCCAUGGCGACCUCAGUCCCGGCGCUUCUCGCCCUCCCCCCUCCCUCCUCCUCCUCCGCCUCCAGGAACCUUUAAUGGCCCGGACUCUCCGGCGGCCCCCAGCCGACGACUUCUUUCGCAGCCCAGCGCCUCAGAGGAAGAAGAAGGAGCGUCGCGGAGGAAAUAGGAGUUUGCUUCUCCAAACAUGGGUGAAGUGGAGCAGAGGCCGACAGCAGGAUCCCGGUUAGGAGCUCCAGAGAAUGCUGGGAUCAGUACUUUGGAACAUGGACAAAAACUGCCCACUACGCCUACAGGAAAACUUAUUUCUAUCAAAAUCCAGAUGCUCGAUGAUACACAGGAAACUUUUGAAAUUCCGCAAAGAGCUCCAGGGAAGGUUUUGCUAGAUGCUGUCUGCAAUCAUCUGAACCUGGUUGAAGGUGACUAUUUUGGCCUUGAAUUUCUGGAUCAUAAAAAGAUUACGGUGUGGCUGGAUCUUUUGAAACCCAUUGUGAAACAAAUCAGAAGACCUAAGCAUGUCAUUCUAAAAUUUGUGGUGAAAUUCUUCCCGCCUGACCAUGCCCAGCUACAAGAGGAGUUAACAAGGUACUUAUUUGCACUGCAGGUAAAGCAGGAUUUGGCACAAGGACAACUAACCUGUAAUGACACCAGUGCUGCUCUUUUAAUCUCACAUAUUGUACAGUCGGAGAUUGGGGAUUUUGAUGAAACCGUUGAUCGGGAACAUUUAGUGAAGAACAAAUAUAUACCUCAGCAAGAAGCAUUAGAAGACAAAAUCAUGGAAUUUCAUCGUAAUCAUAUUGGACAAACACCAGCAGAAUCAGAUUUCCAGCUACUCGAAAUUGCCCGUCGCUUGGAAAUGUAUGGGAUCCGUUUGCACCCAGCCAAGGACAGGGAAGGAACGAAGAUCAACUUGGCAGUUGCCCAUACAGGCAUCCUGGUGUUCCAGGGUCACACCAAGAUCAAUGCCUUCAACUGGGCAAAAGUUCGAAAACUGAGCUUUAAGAGGAAGCGUUUUCUUAUUAAGCUGCGACCAGAUGUAAAUAGUAACUUUCAGGACACGCUAGAAUUCUUGAUGGCUAGUCGAGAUUUUUGCAAGGCCUUUUGGAAGAUCUGUGUUGAACACCAUGCCUUCUUCAGACUAUUUGAGGAACCCAAACCAAAGCCUAAACCUGUUCUGUUUACCAGAGGAUCAUCCUUUAGGUUCAGUGGCCGAACUCAAAAACAGGUUCUUGACUAUGUUAAAGAAGGAGGACACAAGAAAGUGCAGUUUGAAAGGAAACACAGCAAGAUCCAUUCUGUUAGGAGCCUGACAGCAAAGCAUUCAGAACAGCAUUCAGAGGUGCCAAAACAAAGCUGUGAUUUUACGUAUGGAGAUGGUGUUGAUUCCCCAGUGGCAAAAAACUGCCAGCAGGGAAAAGAGUUGAAAGUGUCAGUUGAAGAUGGUGGACAAGCCACAACUCCUUCCUUGAAAAAGAGCCCUAAAGAAAGCAAGCGGCUUGAUGGGGCUGCAGUGGCAGCUAUGGAGGAGGAAGAGGAGGUCGUAAAGGACAGAUCACAACAGAGUAGAUCACAGACGCAGCAACCAAGCACAGCAGGCUCUCUUGCUGGUAGCCCUCACCUUUCAGAGCUGUCAAUCAAUUCCCAAGGCGGGCCAGCCAUGGCAAAUAUGACUUUGUCUCCUAAUCUGAGUCCUGAUAACAGGCAGGCUUCUCCACUAGUCAGCCCUCUGCUAAAUGACCAGACAUGUGUUCGGACCGACGACGAAGAGGAAGUCAGGAAAAAGAGGUUUCCAACAGACAAAGCUUACUUUAUUGCUAAAGAGGUUUCUACCACAGAACGGACUUACUUGAAAGACCUUGAGGUCAUCACAUCGUGGUUCCAGAGCACAGUAAGCAAGGAUGACUGCAUGCCAGAAGCACUGAAGAAUCUAAUCUUUUCCAACUUUGAACCUUUGCACAAGUUUCACACCAGCUUUCUAAAGGAAGUAGAGCAACGUCUUGCCCAGUGGGAAGGCCGCUCUAAUGCCCACUUGAAAGGAGAUUACCAAAGAAUUGGGGACAUUAUGCUGAAGAACAUUCAGAGUAUGAAGCACCUGACAAUUCAUUUGCGGAAGCACAGUGAAGUUCUGGUUGAGCUGGAAAAUGGGAUCAAAAACUCUCGCAAGCUGGAAGCCUUAUGCAGAGACUUUGAGAUGCAGAAAGUCUGUUAUUUGCCCCUCAAUACUUUUCUUCUCAGACCUCUGCACCGGCUUAUGCACUACAAGCAGAUAAUGGAAAGGCUCUGCAAACAUUAUCCACCAAAUCAUGUGGACUUCAGGGAUUCCAGAGCUGCACUGGCAGAGAUCUCAGAAAUGGUGGCUCAGCUUCACAGCAGUAUGCUCAAAAUGGAAAACUUCCAGAAACUGCAUGAACUGAAAAAAGACUUGAUAGGCAUUGACAAUCUAGUGAUUCCAGCAAGGGAAUUUAUUAGACUGGGUAGCCUUAGCAAGUUGUCUGGAAAAGGCUUACAGCAGCGGAUGUUCUUCCUGUUCAAUGAUGUCUUGCUGUAUACAAGCAGAGGCCUAACAGCAUCAAAUCAAUUUAAAGUUCACGGGCAGCUUCCACUGUAUGGCAUGAUGAUAGAAGAGAGUGAAGAAGAAUGGGGUGUCCCUCAUUGCUUCACACUGAGAGGUCAACACCAGACUAUUGUUGUUGCCGCAAGUAGCCGCAUUGAAAUGGACAAAUGGACUGAGGACAUACAGAUGGUAAUUGACUUGGCAGAGAAUUGUAAUGGCCCGACUCCUGAAUUCCUAGGCAGCAGUCCACCCGACAAUAAGUCCCCCGAGGAACCCACUCUGGACCAGGAGUCAGAGGACGACCUCAAUGCCUCCCGCACCUCCCUUGAACGCCAGACUCCUCAUCGUGGCAACACUACGGUCCAUGUCUGCUGGCACCGAAAUACCAGCGUUUCCAUGGUCGACUUCAGCAUUGCAGUGGAGAACCAACUCUCUGGAAACCUUUUGAGAAAGUUCAAAAACAGCAAUGGAUGGCAGAAGCUCUGGGUGGUAUUCACCAACUUCUGCAUGUUUUUCUACAAAUCCCACCAGGACAAUCAUCCUUUAGCAAGCCUUCCUCUACUGGGUUAUUCUCUUACCAUUCCUUCUGAAUCUGAGAACAUUCAUAAAGACUAUGUCUUCAAACUACACUUCAAAUCCCAUGUGUACUAUUUUAGGGCAGAGAGUGAAUACACAUUUGAAAGGUGGAUGGAAGUGAUCCGAAGUGCUACAAGCCCUGCCUCCCGAAUCCGUGUUCUAAGUCACGAGGAAUCACACGUUUAUUGAUGACUGAACUCCAGAUUUUCAUUCCAGCAAUCGCUGCCUUUCUAGAGGACAUUGAAAUUUAUUUUGUCCUUUUUAAAUUUAGUAAAACAUAACCUUGUCUUUAAACAGUUGUUUCGGGACAGCCUUUUGUAAUAUUGCCUCAGCAGGAUUGUUUACUGUUUUCAGCCAAGUGACGGUUUCAUGUCUUGUAAUUGUCCUUCGGUGUGGUUUUUUAGCUUGUGCCAGUAUUAAAAUAUUGUCCUUGGAGUGCCAAAUACCAAAAGACAUUUCUUUGCCUUGAGAUUUGCACCAGAAAUGCACUACAAUUUUUGUAGUAGCUCCCUAUUUGGUAUUUUCCCUGGAAAACAAAAUGCCUUUUCUUUAUGAGACAAACCUUCCAAGUAAUUAAUUAGUACACUGAUUUUUUUUAAAAAAUGUACCUCCUCUGUAUUGUGUUAACAGCCUUCAUUAUAAGGAGCAGUCGAAAAUCAAGGAAAUACCUUUCAUACUUUAUUCUCAAUGUUUCUACACAUUUUGUUUCUAGAAAUUAAAAAUGCCAAUUAAA